AUGACAGAAAUUGUGGUUCUUAGCCACAUAACCCCACUUGGGCUUAUCGACGAAAAGCAUCUUGGUAGCUGCGGUAAGCUGUUGCCAGGAUUUGAGGCUGAGUUAAGAGACGAAAAUGGAGGCGUCGUCGAUGGUCCCUAUUGUCCAGGCGAGCUUUAUCUAAAAUCGCCGACAGUUAAUGCGCGUGGAUACCAACAACUCUGA